AUGUCAUUUGAUAAAGAAUCAGAUAAAAGGUUGAAAUUUAAAGUAUCUAAAAAAUUACAAAUUUCACCAACUUUCGAAUCAAUGGAUUUGAAAUCACAACUGCUACACGGUAUAUAUUCCUAUGGGUUCGAAGCACCUUCCUCCAUUCAAUCCCGAGCCAUUACUCAGAUUAUUUCAGGGAAAGAUGUUAUUGCACAGGCUCAAUCAGGUACAGGUAAAACUGCUACUUUCACUAUUGGUAUGUUACAAGUCUGUGAUUUCAAGAAACAUGAGUUGCAAGCAUUGAUCCUUUCUCCAACAAGAGAACUAGCAUCUCAGAUAAAUACCGUGGUCUCUAACCUAGGGGACAUGUUGAAUGUUAAAUCACUCGCUUUGGUUGGUGGCAAUAAAAUGAAUAAAACUGAUUUAAAUAAAUUACAAAAUGGCCAAUACCAUAUUGUAAGUGGUACACCAGGAAGAGUCCUAGAUUUAAUAAAGCGUGGUACUUUAGUGGUAAAAGGUUGUAAAAUGUUGGUUCUUGAUGAAGCAGAUGAGCUGUUAGGUGAAUCACUAGGGUUUAAGCAGCAAAUUUAUGACAUUUUCACAAAAUUGCCAAAGGGUUGUCAAGUCGUGGUGGUGUCUGCUACAAUGAGUAAAGAUAUUAUUGAAGUGACUAGAAAAUUCAUGAGUGAUCCUGUCAAGAUCCUUGUUAAACAAGAUCAAAUCUCCUUGGAUGGUAUUAAACAAUAUCACGUCAACGUUGAUAAAGAAGAGUGGAAAUUUGAUACCUUAUGUGAUUUAUAUGAUUCCUUGACAAUAACACAAUGUGUCAUCUUUUGCAAUACUAAAAAAAAAGUGGAUUGGCUAUCAGCAAAACUUUUACAGUCGAAUUUUAGUGUAGUAUCCAUGCAUGGGGAUAUGAGACAGGAAGAUAGGGACAGAAUUAUGAACGAUUUUAGAUCUGGCCAUUCCAGAGUAUUAAUAUCCACUGAUGUUUGGGCUCGUGGUAUAGACGUGCAGCAAGUAUCACUCGUCAUUAACUACGAUAUACCCGAAAUAAUAGAAAAUUAUAUUCAUAGAAUCGGGAGAUCUGGUAGGUUUGGUAGAAAAGGUUGUGCUAUCAAUUUUGUCACGAGGAAUGAUUUUAAUCAAUUAAAAAAUAUAGAAAAAUUCUAUCGUAUUAAGAUAAAACCAAUGCCUGCAAAUUUAGAUGAAUUAGCAUAA